AUGCAUGGGCAUGCGCACCACAACCAUGAGCGCAAGGUGGAGGAUCUAGAGGCGCGCGGAGAUGUGGUGAUCGUCUACCAGACUAUGGGCGCCGAUUUCGACGGUCCAGUCGGUGGCUAUCGCACUGGCAACGAGGAAACGACCGAAGCCGAGACUGCGACACAGAAGAACGUUGGUGUGGGUCCCGCUGUUGGUGUGACUGCGACGGCCACCAAGGAGAAAACGACCGAGACCAAGGCGACUGAGGAGGCUACCACCACAUCUAAGGAGGAAGCGACUACUACCAAGGAGACUCAGGCCCGCACCACUCAAAAGUCAGCAGUAACUACCGAAACCACCAAGGCUGAAACGACUGAAAAAUCUGCCAAGCAAGCAUCGACCACGGAGUCCCAGUCCCAGAGUACUGCAACCUCCUUUGUGACUUCGGCAUCCCCUACCGCGGAGACUAGCCAGGAUGUGAAUGAUCUGUUUGCCGCAACCUCCACUGGAUCUACCACUGAUUCGGCUGCCUCGUCCUCUUCUACUGCCAUUGGUAGUCCCACCACUGAUGCUGGCAUUUCCGGCGGUGCCAAAGCCGGCAUAGCCAUUGGUGUGAUCCUUGGUGUUGGUGUGAUCGCCGCUUUGAUCUUCUUCAUCGUUCGCAAGAAGAAGAGAGCCCAGGAAGGUUAUCAACAGGAGAACGAAAAGGCAUUUGGAGGUGAAGGCCUGCCCGAAGGAGGCCUUGCUGCUUCUCUGCCACCCCCUCCUCCUUCUAAGCCUCAAACUCCCUCGACUCCUCCGGUACUCAACGUUCGCCCUAUCACUCAAUUCGCUCCCGACCUCAGUGGCGGCAGUGGCUUCAACUCCGCUGCUGCUGGUGCCGCUGGGGCUAGCGUUGCAGCCGGCUCAGCAGCCGUUGUUUCUCGUAAUCUCACUGGUGACUCGUCGCCUCCUACUCCUCCCAAGUCCGCUGGCAGCAGCCCCAAUCCGUUCAGCGACCCUGUAAAUCCUUUCGGUACUGCUGAUACACCUGUCUCUGCCCACGCUCCCUCCGUCUCCGAGUCCAGCACUGGACCCUCAGGGGCGACUAUGGCAGCCGCGGCCGUUGGUGCUGCUGCUGUUGGCGCUGCUGCAGGUGCUGCUGCUGCCUCUCACCAGUCCAAGGAAGAACCUGCUUGUCCCGCGACCGCAGAAUCCCGCGCCCAUUCCCCCCCUGUCUCUUCUCAACACUCGACAAGCCCUACCAAUGAUGCUUUUGCCGCCGCUGCCGCUCCGAAUGUUGAACUAGCAGGCGCUGCUGGAGCUGCUGGCCCCAACAAUGUUCACCGUGUGCAACUCGACUUCAACCCGUCUAUGGAGGACGAGCUUGGUCUUCGUUCUGGUUCCCUCGUACGACUGCUCCACGAAUAUGACGAUGGAUGGGCUCUCUGUAUCCGCCUUGAUCGCUCUCAGCAAGGCGUGGCCCCUCGGUCUUGCCUGUCGGCCCGUCCUGUGAUGCCUCGCCCUCGCCCACCUCCUGGCGCUCCUGGUGCUCCUGGCGCGCGCGGCCCACCCAUCAUGGGCCCUGAUGGCCGUCCCAUGCCGCCUCCCCCCGGUCGCUUCUAUCCCCAGGACGCACGCCCAAGAUCUCCCUCAGGCCCUGGCUUCGCUGGCCCCCCCUCCUCGUGCUUACCCAGGCCCUCAAAUGUCGCCUGUGGCAUGCCUGUUCCCCGUUCCAUGUCUCCCGGACCUGGCGGUAUGCCCGGUCCUCGUUCCAUGUCCCCGGGCCCUGGUGGAAUGCCAGGCCCUCGCUCCAUGUCUCCCGGUCCCGGUCGACCUGGCCCCCGCUCAAUGAGCCCUGGGCCAUAUGGCCACCCCGGCAUGCAGCGCCCUCAGAUGCCCAUCAACCAACGCGAACGAAGCAACAGUGCCGGCAAUAUGCCCCCUCCUAACAUUGCCGCCGCUGCCCCGCCUGUCUCCAGUCCACUAGCCGCUCCUGCUCCCGCCCCCACUGCAGAGCUUCCAGCUAUUCCAAGUUCCGCUCCGAUCUCGCCUUCGGGCUCGGUCUCGCGCAAGCCCGUCCCCAAUCAGGAGGCUUAG